CAAGAAGUUACACAAGCGAGAUCUGACAACAGAGGAGUUUCACAACGAUAAAGGCAGGCUGACUCCUACAAAAGCCUCUCACCUCCACCUGCGGACACGCAUCUUUGUCUGUGGAUUUAUCACAGUGGAAUAUCCACUCAGCCCGUGUCUGUGGGAGCUUUCUCCACCUGGACAGAAGCCUUCAAAGAAACACGCGGUUUUUUGUUUUUUUUUCCUCCUUGGUUGUAGAAAAGCCUGUGUAUGACCUGGUUUUACUGAGAAGCAGAUAUGGUUUUUAGUCUGGUAUGUUAACGCGGUCGUCAAAAAUAAGUCGCCCACUUUCGGUUUGAUUCGUUGGUUAUCGUCGCGCGCACAGCUCCCACUGAAGACAGUCCACACACAGCAGACAGAACACCUCAGCCAUGGAGUUCAGCUCAGUGAUUUUAACAACAGGGGGAUCCGUGGGGUUUUUCAGACUGGUCAACCUGGGGGUCAGUAAACUCCCCAUGCCUGAGUCUGCCUGUAGAAAUGAAUGGAAAUGGAGAAAUAUCUCCACAUCCGUCGUGCACAGCCUCAUCACUGCUGUCUGGGCUGUGCUCUGCUUCUUCCUUCACCCACAGAUGGCGGAAGAUUUGAUAGAAACCCACUCAGUGUUUUCACAUGCUCUGGUUUCGUUUUCAAUCGGUUACUUCAUCUACGACUUCUUUGACAUGGUGCUAAGCCAGAAGCUGAGCCAGUCCUGGGAGCUUCUUUUUCAUCACAUUGUGGUGAUCACCUGUUUCGGCCUGUCUGUGCUGUCCUGUCGUUACGUGGGCUUCGCUGUCGUGGCCCUGUUGGUGGAGAUAAACUCGGUGUUCCUCCACCUUCGGCAGAUCCUGCGCAUGGCCAGCCUCGCCACAGGAACCUUGUACCGCGUCAACAGCAUGAUCAACCUGGGCACAUAUGUGGUGUUUCGGAUCAACACGCUGGCCUGGAUGACCCGCUGGCUGGUGCUCAACAGGGACAAGGUGCCCCUUCUGGCCUACACGCUAGGCAGCGUGGGUAUGGCCAUCAUGACGGCCAUGAAUAUCGUCUUGUUCUACCGGCUGCUCAGGAGCGACUUUCUUAAGAGCAGCACCCGUGAAGCCAAGAAAGAGAAAGAAAUGUAGGGAGCAGACAAGGAAAGGACGCAGGAAGGAUUGGGCUCAUAAACACUUCUGUUACUGUAUGUCAGCACCCUGUGGUGGAGAUUUGGUACCGUUUUUGCCUGUGUGUGACAUGUACACAGCUGGGAAAUGGAGCAGUCUUUUUGUUUUUCUAACUCUUCACACAAGGCAUCAUCACAUCAAGUGGCUUCACGCUGAACACAGAUCACACAAACUAUACACCCCGCAUUAGCAGCAACGGCCUCUGUACAUGUGUGGUACAGUUAUCCUCAAGUGCCAUUAGAGUCAUAAUAUGAACAGCAUUCAGCCUUGUAAAACAACACCAAACGCCUUAUUGUCCCACAGGGUGUUUCAGCUAGAUCUGCUCUAAAUGUAGCUUACUGUAAGUGAAGGUGCACUCUGUACAAGGAACCAAGUAACACUUCUAUAUUUCCAUGGGGAAUGGCAACAAUAUACAAUACUGUGUACAGAUUCUAAGAACAGCAUUUUAUUCAGAUAUAUAUUAUAUAUUGCCGUGGGUAAUGUAAUAUAUGACAAGUUCAUUUAGCACUGGUCAAACAACUGGUUCAACUUGUUGUUUAAUAGUAGUACUUCACAAUGACAGAAUCCAUUUUUUUCGCCAAAUCUCCUCUACUAAAAACCACCUGCUACCUCAGAAAAAUUGUAGCAGAUAACACUUAACAGUUUUUCCUCCUUCUAAUACAAGCUUUGCCAUCAGUGUUUGGUAGGAUCUUAUUAGCUGGAAAGAAGAGAAAAAGAUUGAGUAAAAAAGUGCAUUUUCUAAUCAGGAGAUAUAACUCUGUCAAUGUUAAUCUUCAUGUAAUCAAAAGUAUAUAUUUGGCUAUUAAAUUAUAAAAUAACAAUAUAAGUCAUGCAUGAAUGAUUGAAUUCACCAAAGUAUACUAGAAAACCUGGAAAAUAUAUUCUUUAAGUGAAUUUCUGUUGUUUAACAGGUUUCACUUUCACUAUAAAUAUAAAAUGUAACUGGUGCAUCAUGUACUGUUGACCAAACAGGUUGUUGUUGUGAUAGAUUAUGAAGGAACCAAACUGAAGUAGUUUUAAAUGCAGUAGAUUCUGGCUCAUUUGGCUGAUGGAUCAGGAUCCGCCUGACCUCCCAUCAGCCAUCACUUCAGCAGACACGGAGGUCACCACACACCUCACACCAGCUGCUGUUUUUGUGAGUACACUUGAAUCUUGUAAAAUAACAGGAAAACUAAACAAGCUAAAUGGCAGUAGUUUGUGCUGCGUUACGGACGGACGAUAAUGUUUCCGUGGUUUGUAUCUUUGCAUCGUGGCAGGGGGGUUGUUAUUCUUAAUCUGACCUGUGGAGGACAGUACACUCCUAAACAUCACCUCAGUGACCUCUACAAAGCCAAGACCACCAGAGAUGUCUUUUUUUAACAUCUGUGCAGAUUCAUGCCAUUCUGCCUUGGAUUCUCAGUCAACAGGUCUGAGAUCUGUGAAUACAGCAAACAUUUAUACACACAGCUUCUGUAAGGCUGCUUUCAUUUUGCAUCAUGUCAGUACAGUCUUUACUAUGGUAUAGAAAGCUUUGAUGCCAUUCAUUUUUUGUGCUGUUAUUUCGUGUGUUAAUUUCUGGGAGGGCUUCAGUUUUGUAUAUUAGUAAUUUAUUUGUAUUAAUUGUGCAUUACAGAAAAAUGUGCAAAAGUUCAAUUAAAUUUCCCUGUUGUGAAAUGGUUGGUUAUAGUGAAUUUGAUGUAAUUGUGUCAUGUUGUUGCAGAACGUCGGGUCACUUUGGGUAUUAAUCUGCUUUUCUGAUCAGCCUGAAAUGAUCCAAGCCCAACAAUCCAAACCACUCCAAACAUGGGAACAUAUUUAGACAUAAUUAGACUCAAAUACAAUUGAAAAAAUAGACUCCAUCUGAACACACAGUCCGUUUUAAGCAGCCGAUGACGUGAAAUCAGACGCUGAUGGCUGAUAAAACUGUUCGUCUGUGUUAAAAUCCAGACAUCACUCCUCUAAAGAAGGAAGGCAGUUGUGGCUUGAGUUUUGCAUCUGAUUCACAGCUGCCUUUCAAAGCGUUAGAGUAUUUUUUAUUAUUAAUAUUGUAAAUGUCGAUUUUGUUUAAUAAUUAGUCUUUUUUUCCAGCAAAUUUGAAUGGCAGCUUAAUUUCGUGGUUGUAUUGAAGACGGAUGGUGACAAAUGAAGUUUUUUCUAACAGUCUUAUAGUUGUGAAUGUGUCGUACAACGAUGCAAUGUUAUACAUGUAUAAUGCCAGAUCGGUCAUUUUGAUGCUGUGUAUUUGUAGAUUUUGUCAUUACAUGGCUUCUGUUGCAAAAAUGCAGUUGUCCCAAGGUCAUAGGGUGAAGCUAUGAUAUAUAAUGGACAUAACAAAAGCUACUUUACAAUGAUAAUCAACACACACUGGUUUGUUCUUCUUAUCAUACACAACAAAUGUCAAAUGAACUUAUUUUUUUUAAUCGCCGUGAUAUUUAAGAAAUGAGUAAAAGCAUUUAGACAAAACUAAUCAUCUCUUUUCCUUGUUUUUUUCAUUGACAGUCUUCUAUUCUAAGUCUCCUAGUUUGCUAUUUAACAUGAAACACAUAAAGCAAUUAGGACUUUUCACACUGUGCAGCUUGUCAUGGACUUAUAAAGUCAUCAUUACAGGAGAAAAAAAAAAGAAUAAUAAAGCAACUGAGACCAGCUGAGGUCCUGAGAGAAAAAAUCCUGCUUCUUCUGAGUAUCACAAAUGGUUCCAGUGUGACAACAGUUAUAUUUUCAUGCUUUGCCAGAGAUUGUUUUGUAAUUAAAACUCCAAUUUGUAUGUUUAUAUAAUGAUUUUUGUUUAAUGUGAAAAUAAAGAUCCAAAUGGAA